GAGCCCACAGCCCGCCCUGACCGGGAAUCCAACCGGGACCUCCUAGUUCCUAGGUCCACGCUCAACCACCAGGACACACCCGCCAGGGGUUGAUUCCUGUUAUGUGUCGUGAUCGGGCUCGACCUGUCACCUUGGUGCAGAGGGAUGACGCUCUAACCGACUGAGCAAUCCGGCCAUGGCUUUUAGGGAAAACUUUAAAACCAGAAGUCGCUUCGCUCCCCCAGCCCAUUUGCAGCCUUGCUGUAUACAAGACUUAGCCACAUUCCCAAACGCGCACUGUCUGGGCAGCUCACGUCCCAACUGUGGGCUUAGCCCUGCGGCUAAAGGCGGAAAAUGCAGUCCUUUCUUGUGACACGGUUUGCAAAAAGAAACAAAUCUUUUCUGACAUAUUCACCGCUUCCCACUCUAGCCGGUCAAGUCUGGAACAACACCGUCCCGGGGUUAAGAAGACAUUGCGCAUUUCCGUGUAGAGGCGGGGGCGAAGAAGACCGGAAAAAAACCGCUUCCUUUUUUGUGCGCAAGCGCACGAAGGCUUCCCCCAUUGGUCACUUCGACUCGGAAGUAGGUGGCUCCCUCUGCGCAUGCGCUCAGGGUCGGGCCGGCUGUUUUAGCGGUUGACGCGGCGGUGAUGACCAGUUUGUAUCUGCAGAAUGCAGUCGGCAGGCCGGACCUCGAAUAACGGCGAUUACGCAGAAAAUCAAAAUACUGGGCUGCCUGGUUCUGGGCCGGACGCUGAGCCAACCUAGUGAUUUCGAAGCCAUGGCAACAAAGGAAUCAGAUGCCAAAGCAGAAUCGGCCCUCACCUCAUCAGCCAAUCAGAGCAAACAAGCGUAUGAAAAACCAAACUAUGCUCUCAGAUGUACUCUUGUGGGACAUAUGGAAGCAGUAUCAUCAGUUAAGUUUAGUCCUAAUGGCGAGUGGCUAGCAAGUUCUUCUGCUGACAAAGUAAUUAUAAUUUGGGGAGCCUAUGAUGGAAAAAAGGAGAAAAUUCUUCAUGGUCACAGUCUGGAAAUAUCAGAUGUUGACUGGUCAUCAGAUUCCAGUCGUCUUGUUUCUGCCUCAGAUGAUAAAACUCUCAAGAUUUGGGAUGUGAGAUCAGGAAAAUGUUUGAAAACGCUGAAGGGGCACAGUAAUUAUGUGUUUUGCUGUAAUUUCAAUCCACCAUCCAACCUCAUAAUCUCAGGAUCUUUUGAUGAGAGUGUGAAAAUAUGGGAGGUGAAAACAGGCAAGUGCCUCAAGACUUUGUCUGCUCAUUCUGACCCAGUUUCUGCUGUUCAUUUUAGUUGUAAUGGGUCCUUGAUAGCGUCAGGCAGUUACGAUGGCAUCUGUAGAAUCUGGGAUGCUGCAUCAGGUCAGUGUUUAAAAACACUUAUUGAUGAUGAUAACCCGCCCGUCUCUUUUGUAAAAUUUUCUCCAAAUGGUAAAUACAUUCUCAUUGCAACUUUGGAUAAUACUCUUAAACUAUGGGAUUAUAGCAGAGGCAGAUGCCUGAAGACAUACACUGGUCAUAAAGAUGAGAAAUACUGCAUAUUUGCCAAUUUUUCAGUUACUGGUGGGAAGUGGAUUGUGUCUGGUUCAGAGGAUAACCUAGUUUACAUUUGGAACCUUCAGACUAAAGAGAUUGUACAGAAAUUACAAGGUCACACAGAUGUCGUCAUCUCAGCAGCUUGUCAUCCUACAGAAAACAUCAUUGCAUCAGCAGCGUUAGGAAAUGACAAAACAAUUAAACUGUGGAUAAGUAACUACUAAACCCUUUAGAAAUCAAGUAGUAGAGCCAAGUUGGCAAAAAGUUGUAUAUUUUAAAAGAUGAUUUCUCUUAAUUUUGGCAUGGUUUUGUAUUUCUUAACAUUGUCUUGAAUUAUAUAAGAUUUUAAGACAUACAACCUACAUUUUCAAAGCAAGACAGUUGGAAUAGCAAGUCUAGAACCCAGGGCUUCUGACUCUUAAUCUUGAAGUUUAUUAAUCUCUUGUGUCUGUCAUUGAAUAGAUUUCCAUUCUAUUCUUCUCGAUGACUAUUUAAAGGAUUGGUAUAUUUGAGGAAUAUUUAGAAGAUUCACAAGACAGAAUGAUUAAUUAAAUGAGGAGAGCAAAGGAGUUUGGAAUAACUCCAAGGUUUUUGGUUUGGGAGAUCAGAUGAAUAAGAGCUUAGGCCUGGGAUGGUGGUGGAUUAGAGAUGUGUGUCAGGCACCACUCACACUAAGUGCAAUUCCUGUAUAGUGAUAGCCUACCAAAUGGGACAUGAAAUAGUCUAUGGAAUCAAGUCUUUAAUUGGGAAAAAUAAGUCAUGGUUAGGUUUGUUCUGAGAGUGUAAAACAUUAUAAAUGGCAUUUUUCUGAAGGACGCCUAGAUGGCUUGUCAGAUUGUGCCCUCAUGAUUUUGAAACAAGCUAAAUGUUGGAGUGGUGAGGCCGCUCUCUUUCAUUAUGUGACUGACUCACUAGUUCCUAUCCAUGGUUCAAACUUAGUUCAGAAAUCAGUAUUUUGUGGAGCCAUCACUGCCUGCCUGACUCCAACCACAGUUGGCAGCUGAGUUAGAUUUUAUUGCUAUUUCUUUUUUUUUAAAAGAAAGCAUUUUUAUUUUUUUAAAAAAAUGUAUAUUUGAUUUCAGAGAGGGAGAAGAGAUAGAAACAUCAAUGAUAAGAGAGAACUACUGAUCAGCUGCCUCCUGCACGCCCACUACUGGGAUCGAGCAACCGAGUCAUGUGCCCUUGACCAGAAUUGAACCCCAGGACCCUUCAGUUCAAAGCUGAUGCUCUAUCCACUGAGUUAAACCAGUUACGGCUAUUGCUAUUUCUAUCGUUUCUGUUAUUAAAGUUCAAAAUAUAUCACUUAUCAAUUUGUAUUGUAAUGGUUUCAUAGGCAUGUUUCCCAUAUAUUAUGUGUUCUGUGGAGACAAGAAAUAUGUUAUGCUAUUGGACUUUGUAUUCUCAGUUUUUGUAUAUAGAAGGGACUCAAGUGAUGUUUGAUGAAUGACAAGGAAUUAUAUCACCAGCACUUCAUUCCUUGCCUGCUUUCACUAAAUUUUUGGAAUCAA